GUUUCUCCCUGCUCUGCAGCUACCGAGGGCGUUUGUUUUGACUCUUCCUUCCCUGCUUUCCUUUUUUCCAUAAUAGAAACUACUUCCUAUCUGGUCUUGUUUUGUUUUUGGCUUAGUGGGAGCAGGAAGGGUCAAAGAGUCAGGUUCACGCAUGCGCACACGAAUAAAAAGCCAGGCUUUCCAACCGAUGACCGAGUUGAGACAACAACGCCCUAAGGAUUUAAUCUCCUACAAUGACAGACAAAUUACAAGCCCAGAAAAGCGUGAAAAUAGCGGCUGGAGCCGUAGUCUGCGUUGAGAGCGAGAUCAGAGGAGAUGUUACCAUCGGCGCCAGGACGGUGGUCCACCCUAAAGCUCGCAUCAUUGCAGAGGCAGGACCCAUCGUGAUCGGAGAAGGAAACCUGAUCGAAGAACAAGCUCUGAUCAUUAACAGUUACCCCGAAAAUAUCACACCGGAUUCUGAGGUGGAACCAAAGACGAUGACUAUAGGUAUCAACAACGUUUUUGAAGUUGGCUGUGUAUCACAAGCGCUGAAAAUUGGUGACAACAAUGUGAUAGAAUCUAAAGCUGACGUCGGCAGGAAUCUGAUCCUGACCAGCGGCUGCAUCAUUGGAGCCUUCUGCCAGGUCAACACCUGUGAGGUCAUUCCUGAGAACACGGUCAUCUUUGGCUCUGGAUGCAUGAGGAGGGUUCAGACGGAGAGACCACAGCCUCAGACUCUUCAACUGGAUUUCCUGAUGAAGAUUCUGCCAAACUACCACCAUUUGAAGAGAACUGUUAAAGCAGGGCACACUACUAGUUAAAGUCUAACAUUGCGCAUCCUAAAUUCAUCUGUCAUUUAGAUUUUUGUUAUAAGAAAGCCUGAAUGUAUAUACUUAUAUAAAAAAAUCCUUAAUCUUUCAUUUUUUUUCCUCCUCUGGUAUUUUUUACUAAAAUCUGCUCCGACAGAUGAAGCUUUUCAUCUUGCCGAUGUUCUGUUUUCUAAGAUGAAUUAAAUGAAGAAGCAGAAGUGUGUCAGAAGUUUACUUACCAAUAUUGACCAUUUCAUCCAAUACACCUGAGGCACCAUUGUGUAACACUGUAAUUUAUUAAAAUAAGAUUUGAAACCAU